GGGGGGGCCAUGAAUGGGAUGGAUGGAUUGAGCGAUGCUCGUGGAUCGGUUGACGUGGAUGUAGAUGACCCCCUGCGCCAGACGGCGGAUGAUAGAUUCGGCGCCAUGGCUACGAAUGAUUUCAACAGGAUCUUUGCAGAAGAUAGUAUGAUGAGCGUUGGCGCUGGUAUUCCCAAGUUGCCUUGGGAGGAAGGCAUUUUUGGACAGAUUUUUGGUGCGAAUGAUCCUACGGGACUACCGAGCUUGGAUUCCUCACCACAGCCUGCAUUCCCAGUUCUCCUUCCAGAAAAUGAUGUCUUGGCCGACGAUAGCGGUUACGUGGUCACAGCUUUCGAACGGGGAGCGCCCAUGUUUGCAAAGCAUGUGAAAGCAUUGUGCAAGCGUGACUACCUUGAAGAGCAAGAUCUCAAGUGGACGGAAGCGCUUGCUAGCUGGCUGACCAUCCUGGAAAGUUGCGCAUUCGCUGCGCGAAUUGGAGACUAUGUUCUGGAGAAAUUUCAGGCUGGGGACCGGGAAGGGGCUUUGGUUUACAUUAGAGAUGCAUGUGGAGUGAGGUCGCCGAGCACGGUCUUGAAGAGGGCAAAAGACUUGCAGAUGUUCAUCAGCUGGUGCCAGAAGACCAAACGCAUCUGGUGGCCUUUGGAUGACAGAGUCUUGUUGGCUUUUCUUGGAGAGUGCGAGCUUGAAGGCAGAAGCAAGUUCAUCGGUAAGAACCUCGUUCACGCACUCAAGUUCUUCAGGUACCUGAUGGGGGCCAAGUUCAAUGUCGAGCAAGUUUUGGGACCGCUUUUGCAAGGCCGUGUUACUCGUGUGCUCUCAACGCGAGACCCAACUCAUCAGGCAAAACCGCUGACGGUCAAAGAAGUCGCAAAGCUGGAGCGCUUGGUGUACGAUACCCCCAACAUCUUUGACAGGUACUUUGCAGGAUGCAUGCUCUUUGCGCUCUACUCCAGGGCGCGCCGGUCGGAUCUCUCUUCCACGCAAAGCUUCUUCUAUGACGUCAUGGAGACCAACACUGGGCCGUUUGGAUUUGUGGAAGGCCGAACUCGCAUCCACAAGACCUCCAACUCAGUCGAGAAUCGCAUCGCAAUGUAUCUCCCUUUCGUCGCGCCCAUCCAGGGGAUCACUGAAAGGCAUUGGGGCUUGGACUGGCGAGAGGUGCUUGAAUUUUAG